AUGGCUCAAAUACCAGCAUAUGCCCGAGUCACCAAUGGGUUUGUCGAUCCUCAAUCUGGCCUCGCACUCGCACAAGAUCAAAUCGUGCGCAUUAUAGGCAGUGAUCAUGAUCAAGAAUGGUACAAAAUCCAAACAUUAACUGGGACAAACGGACGAUCACCAAAAGCGCUGACCAACAAACUUCCUUUGACAUUAAGAUCAGUAUCCGAGCGCCUAGUCGUCUCGAUUGCUGCCUUCGAAGGCCAAGAAAAAGACGAUCUGUCUUUUGAUGUAAAUCAGCUUAUCACCGUGGAGAGGGAUAUCGACGACAAUUGGUCGAGUGGUGCAAUAACGAGUGACGCUGGGAAAAGAUUAGGAAAAAGUGGACUCUUUCCCACGAGUUAUGUUCAAGAAUUGCCAGGUGUCCCGGUCGGUGGUGAGCCCGUCGAUAACAGUGACUCGAUUCAGUCACCCCGUGUUGCUCCGUCAUUGCCAACGAUGUCCGCUCGAAGCACUCACACAAUCAAUGAAGCCAUUGGACCAUAUGCACGAUCAGCAUUCCCAUUUCAGGGAGAAUAUUCGAAUGAACUCUCAUUCGGAGCCAAUGAAAUCAUCAAGUUGCUUCGACGAGUUGAUCAAGAUUGGCUCGAGGGAGAGAUCAAUGGAAGAACGGGGAUAUUCCCGAGUGGAUAUGCACAGAUUGUCGUUGAUUUGGAUACGGAUAAGAAUGGGAGUUCGGAUGCCCGAAAAAGUGUUGCCCAGUCGACUCAAGAUGAGGGAAUUGGAGUAGCCACCGUGAAGCAUGCUUUCAAUGGCCGAGAAACCGAUGAGCUCACCUUACAAGCCGGAGACAGUGUCAGAAUCAUUAGAAUGAUCGACAAUGAAUGGGUUUUGUGUAGAGAACCAUUAUCGGAUCGAGUUGGAAUCGUUCCAAGCAAUUUCCUCGAAAUGUAUCUCGAUGACGAUGUGGAAGAGCUGGCCGAAAGCGUACAUGAGAAUUUAAGGGACAACGAUUCAGGGUGGGGUUCUUCAACGAUCAACCAAUCGAAUAACAUCUAUCAGAACACAUUCAACACUCAAUUCAACACAUUGCCAGGCCCACAAAGUAGCGCUCUCCCUUCGAACUCUUCUUGGGCAAAGUUUGAAGAAUGGGACAUCGCAAAAAGCAUUGAGGAUAAAAAGCCUCCACCUGCUCGUCCACCACCACCAAAAGCUCUUCCGACAAGCCCGGAUUCGGGAAGCAUCCCUUGGGCUUCAUUCAGCGAGACAACGCCCAAAACUGGGGUCACUCCUUCCACAAGCACCACCGUUUUGAGCUCAAACUCUGCGACAACGAACAUCGCCGAGAGGAAUCGUGUGAUAAAUGAGCUCAUCGCGAGUGAACAAGCCUACUGCACCGAUAUGCAAUCUUUGGAAAAGGCAGUGGCCCAUUCGAACAAGUUAUCCGAUAAGAACAAACGAGUGCUCACAAGUGGGAUCCCACAAAUUGUCGAGGUCUCUCUGCUACUUGCCGACACGUUGAAGAUCGAUCUCGAUGAGCCAAUAGACCGCCAAAAGAUCGGAGAGAUCUUUAUGAAUAUGCAAAAAAUGUUCUCCCAAGCGUAUGGGUACUUUUUCCGAAACAUCGAAGCGAUUCACUCGAUCGUCGAAAAUAAAAACGACAAGAAGCUUCAAGCGGCUAUGGGAGAGAUUUUAACGUCAAUGAGAACAUAUGGAAGCAUGUGCUUUGACGUGCCGACAGCGAUCAGUCGACCCGUCCAUCGAGCCUUGAAAUAUCCGCUUUUCCUCUCAGAGAUUAUCAAACACACAAGUGUCACCCAUCCGGAUCACCCAAAACUCCUCGAAGCUUUCAAACAAAUGAGCACACUGGGGCAAAAGAUGAACGAAAGUAAACGAAGAAAGGAGCUUACGAGAAAAUAUAGCGAAGAGCAGAGUGCCACAUUGACGCAAAAACUUUCCCGGCUCUCCGUGCAUUCGGUUGUGAAGAAAAGUAAUCGCUUCAAGUAUCGAAUGGGAAGUGCAAUCGGAAUUCUUCAUUUGACAAAAGAUACCGAGUUUGAGCAAAUGGUUUAUGAAUUGGAUCAAUGCGAGAGAAGACUUGUCAGAUUCAACUAUCAAUUGGUGAUCUAUCAGAAAAAGUUGCAACACGAUAUGAAACGACAAAUUGAAGUCUUGAUUGUGGCACCAAACGCUUCUCGAAUGCCUGAAAAAGCUGCCAUGCAACAACUCAAACCCUUCUUUGAGAUCUUACAAGAAUUCGUGAAAGAAACCAAUUACAAAGUGAAAGACGAUUGCUUGAAAGCGAUUCGAGUGAUUCCAAAGAGAUUGAUUACGAAAAGAAAUGACAAAUUGAUGGACUAUGAGGCAGCAAAGAGCUCAGCAAAGAUGCCCGAAGAAAUCAAUGCUCGUUUCCGAGAUUUUGAUGCGCUCAAUCAACAAGUGAAAACAACCGUGCCGAAAGUUGUCGAUGUCAUGAAUCAAGUCCUUCGCAACGGGAUGAUCACCUUGGAGGAGUUGGACUCGACGCUGAUGCGAAAUCUGAAAGAUCGCUUCGAAAUCGAACAAGGCCGAUCAACGCAUUUAUUGAUCACCCCGAGCACGAUUUGCUUUGUGGAUCUGAUGGACAAGAACCGUUUGACGCCGUUGAGACAAAUCGCGAGCAAAGCCACGUCAAAUUUAAGACCGCUCAAGUCGAGUAUGAAAAAGAAAGGAAUAGCUGAGAGAAAAGAUGACACAACCUCGUCAACGGUCUCUCAGAAAUCGUCGAUCACUCCCGAUGCAACACCGGCUGCCUUGGACGCCAUUUGGAAGGCUGCAGCCGCUCCUCCACCAGUUACACCAUCCGCGGAACGCAAAUUCCGAGCACAGACCGAAACAGAGAAAAGAACUUUGCUUGAAAAAGCUGAUGCAAAAUCUCGUCGAGCCGAUGUUUACAAAUGUGUCUCUGAAUGGCCGGCCUCUUUGGAAGCACGAGAGGCGAGUGAAAAAACGGGAAGAAUGCUCAUUGUAAAGGCCGGAGAUGCGGUGUUGGCUGUGAGAAAAGAGGAGAGGGGUUUAUGGUAUUGCUACAAUGGCUACUACAACGGUCUUCUUCCAUCUGGAAUCCUCACUCCAUACUAUGAAAGGCCGGGUACAAAUAUUGGAGAACCAUUUGCGGAUCUUGGUUUGCUUGAACAACGGGUUACGGUGGCCACAGAAAGACCAAAAAGUACUCCACCUGUCAAACAAUCGAACAAUCUCAUUGAUUUACUUGACGAUCUGGUCCCUCCAACAACAACAUCGAUUGCUCCACUUCAACCAGUCUCUUUGAUUCCUUCCCUUUCACCAAGACCCAUUUACCCGGCACUAAACGAGCCAGUCUUAGCUGAACCGCCGGCAAUUGAUUGGAGAAUGUCAUCAAGAACAGCUUUUGAUGCAUUCAAUGAUUCAUUGAGAACGUCUACUGCAAUGUCUCCCCUUACUCCGAUUCAAACCAAUCAAAUGUCAUUGAGCAUGACUCCUCUGCAACCAUCUCCCGCUCCAUCGACCACUUCGCUUUCUUCAAAUCAGCCAUCGAACUGGAUGGCUUUUGGAUCAAUGCCAGCUUCGGGUGGAGGACUACCACCAUUGCCUCCACAACAAAAUGGUUCAACGAGAAACACCUCGAACAGAGCAUCAGCGAGUGAUGAGACUUUCUCGCAACUUUGGGAUCAAUUCAAAGCAACACCAUUGAAUAAAGUGCGCAGCGAAUCUCCACAACCACUCGUCCCCACUCGUCCACAAGUCGGAGUUGCAACUUAUGCUCAACCACCAGCCUACGAUCAACCACCGGGGUGGGUGUCGUUUUAUGACGAACCACCGGCUGAGUCCUUAUCAUUUGGAACAAAUCCAUUUGCAUCGAGCUCCACUGUGGCUUAUGAUACACCACCGGCAACGGAGUUUCAACAAAUCUCGGCUCGUUCAGCACCUGCGCCCCCACAAUCGCUGGGGUUGAACAAGGCUCACACUCUUGUUGUUGCUGAAUAUGAUUUCACCCCGGUUGGUGAUAAUCAACUACUCAUUCGUGAAGGUGAACGCCUUCAACUUGUUCAGCGCCACGACGAUGAUGGCAACUCGGAAUGGGUUCUUGUUCGGCGUCCAAAUGGAGAACACGGUUAUGUCCCGUCUACUUACAUCAAGGAUCUA